GCGGGCUCAAUCGCCCCUGCGCCCCUGGCUGGGCGGCCGCGCUGGGCGGGGGGGCAGGGCGGGCCGGGGAAGGGCCGCGGGGAGAUACCUGCCGGGAACGAGAGGGACCGAGCUGGGCGCUGAAUGGCUGGCGUUCUGGCAAGUCUCCCCCUGGGUCUCUGAGGCCACCUGAAAGCAGGAGAGCUGUUUGGGACCCAUUUUGGUAGAGGAGCCCGGACCUGUGGUAACAUCGCCCCUGUACUUUUCCUGCAGUGCCCCCUCCUUUUCUCACUACCCUGGAGACCCGGGUGAUCAUCGGAGAACUGCCCUCGGCCCUGCAAGUACUAUCCUGACCCAGUGGCCCUAUAUCCGAGGUUAACCCGGAACUCAGAUUUCUCAGGCUUCUAGAACCCUCUCUUAACCCUUCUCCAGCCACUGGGACGGGCCAGCACCCAGCCAGCUUCUCCACUGGUUGUUCCUGCUAAGGCAGAUGGCCCAAUGGAGCCAGUUCUCCCUAAGCGUGCCCUGCCCAAGAAACCCCGAUCUCAGUGGAGGAGACCAGGUGCCAAAUAGGGGCACAUUCCAUUUGAGUGAGUUCAGAGGCCUCAGAAAAGGCUUUCCAGGGACAGAGACUUUUGAGCAGGAUCUUAAAAGACUGGUUGGGGCCCGAGUGGUUGCUGGCGCCUGUAGUCCCAGCCCUUUGGGAGGCCGGGAGGCCGAGGCGGGCGGAUACCUUGAGUCCAGGAGUUCGAGACCAGACUGGGCAACAAUGGUGAAAACCCCGUCUUUACAAAAACAAAAAACAACACUUAGCCAGGUGUGGUGACACACCCCUGUAGUCCUAGCUACUGGGGAGACUGAGGCAGGAGGAUGGCUUGAGCCCAGGAGGUAGGGGGUGCUGUGAGAUCACGCCACUGCACUCCAACCUGGGCAACAGAGCUAGAGACCCUGUCUCAGAAAAAAAAAUUUUGGUUGGGACUGUAACAGAGGAGAAAGGUCAUUCUAAACUGAGAAGUGUAUGAAUAAAUUUAGGACAGUAAGAGGAAGAAUCCGGUGAGCCUGGGGAAUAAGGUACAGGCUAAGGACAAACUCAGAAAAAUAGCUUGUGGGAGCCCGGUGUUUGGACUCUAUAAGUAACCUGGGACUUAGGGAGGUGCUUGGUCCCUGGGAUGAGGGAUUAGAAUGGGAUGAGACUGAAGGCAGAAAGGCUGGUGAGGAGAUUGGGUCCAAUAAGUCCUGGUCGGGGCAGCAACUGGCUGGUAAAGCAGUGGGGAUGAAUUGCUAGGACUGUUCACACUGCCUGAAGGAGCAGGGGAAGAAAGAUUUGAAGACAGGUCAGGUUUCUAGUGUGAGGUGUGGGUGGGAAGAUUUGCAGCAAGGUAAAUGACAAGGGGAGGGGAAUGAUGAGUUCAGUUUUACGUGGGGAAGUUUGAAGCAGAGGCAGGUUGUCCCUCUGGAGAUGUCAAGUGAGAAGUUUAUUCAUUUAUUUGUUAUUUAUGUCAGCCUCAAAGGCUGCUUACAUCAAGGUCACAGAAACAUAAAAUGAUAAAACCUUUGAAACUCUAGGCUGGGUGACGUGGCUCAUGCCUGUAAUCCCAGCACUUUGGGAGUCCAGGGCAGGUGGAUCACAAGGUCAAGAUCAAGACUUUCUUGAGGCUGAUGAAUCCCUUGAACCUGUAAGACCGAGGUUGCGGUGAGCUGAGACUGUGCCAUUGCAGUCCAGCCUGGGCAAGAGCAGUAAGACUCCAUCUCAGGAAAAAAAACAAAAAACCAAAAAACAAAAAACCAUUAAAACUCAGCUAAAAGGACCUGAUAGCUGAGGAAGAAAGGCAGAGCAGGGUGGAUCAUUAUUACUGGAAAAUCUAGGCGCAGAAAAGCCACUGAAAAUGGAACCCAGAACUCCUAUCUGAGCUUGCCAGUGGCCAAGAAGGAAAAAGGACUCCUAAAUGAAGCAGUUUGCCAGGGGAGCAGGAUAGAAGUUGGUACUAGGCCAGGCUCUGACCUUCUUUCCCAGGAUGAGGUGGGGCCACCAUUUGCCCAGGGCCUCUUGGGGCUCUGGUUUUGGAAGAGCACUCCAGCGACCAGAUGAACGUUUCCCCUUCCUCAUCCACUGGAGUUGGCCCCUUCAAGGGGAGCGUCCCCUUGGGCUCCCUAGGGCCUUUAUACGCCACCAUGGAAGCUCUGCAGACAGCGCUCCCCCAUCUUCAAGGCAUGGACGGCUAUUCCCCAGUGCCUCUGCAACUGAAGCUAUCCAGCAGCAUCGCCAGAACCUAGCUGAGUGGUUCUGCCGGCUGCCCAGGGAGGAGCGCCAGUUUGGCCCGACCUUUGCCCUAGACACGGUCCACGUUGACCCUGUGAUCCGUGAAAGCAACCCUGAUCAGUUACUUCACCCAUUCUCGGAGUCGGCCCUGGAGCAUCAGCCUCCCCAAGCUGGGCUCCCCCAACUGGCCCUGUCUCAGCUCUUUGACCCAGAUGCCUGUGGGCGCCGGGUGCAGACAGUGGUGCUGUAUGGGACAGUGGGCACAGGCAAGAGCACGCUGGUGCGCAAGAUGGUUCUGGACUGGUGUCACGGGCGGCUGCCAACCUUCAAGCUGCUCAUCCCCUUCUCCUGUGUGGAUCUGUCGUCCCUGGGCUCUGCCCCGGCCUCCUUGUUCCAACUUGUGGCUCAGCGUUACAUGCCCCUGAAGCAGGUUCUGCCCCUGAUGGCCGUCACUGGAUCCCGCCUCCUCUUCGUGCUCCAUGGCUUGGAGCAUCUCAACCUUGACUUCCGGUUGUCAGGCACAGGACUUUGUAGUGACCCUGAGGAACCAGAGGCACCAGCUGCUAUCAUCGUCAAUCUGCUGCGCAAAUACAUGCUGCCUGAGGCCAGCAUUCUGGUGACCACUCGGCCUUCUGCCAUCGGCCGCAUCCCCAGCAAGUAUGUGGGACGCUAUGGUGAAAUCUGUGGUUUCUCUGAUACCAACCUGCAGAAGCUCUACUUCCAGCUCCGCCUCAACCAGCCGGACUGUGGGGACACUGCUGGGGGUGCACCUGCAGUGCACUGCGGGGACACUGCUGGUGUCUUCGCCACACCAGCUCAGCGUGACAACCUGGUGCAGAUGCUCUCCCGGAACCUGGAGGGGCACCACCAGAUCGCUGCCGCCUGCUUCCUGCCAUCUUAUUGCUGGCUCAUCUGUGCCACCUUGCACUUCCUGCAUGCCCCCACAACUGCUGGGCAGACCCUUACCAGCAUCUAUACCAGCUUUCUGCGCCUCAACUUCAGUGGGGAAACCCUGGACAGCACGGACCCCUCCAAUUUGUCCCUGAUGGCCUAUGCAGCCCGAACCAUGGGCAAGUUGGCCUACCAGGGGGUGACCUCCCGAAAGACCUACUUCUCUGAAGAGGAUGUCCGUGGCUGCCUGGAGGCUGGCAUCAAGACAGAGGAGGAGUUUCAGCUGCUGCACAUCUUCCGCCGGGAUGCCCUGAGGUUUUUCCUGGCCCCGUGUGUGGAGCCAGGGCGCGCAGGCACCUUCGUGUUCACCGUGCCUGCCAUGCAGGAAUACCUGGCUGCCCUCUACAUCGUGCUGGGUUUGCACAAGACGACCCUGCAACGGGUGGGCAAGGAAGUGGCUGAGCUUGUGGGCCGUGUCGGGGAGGAUGUCAGCCUGGUACUGGGCAUCAUGGCCAAGCUGCUGCCUCUUAAGGCUCUGCCACUGCUCUUCAAUCUGCUCAAGGUGGUUCCUCGAGUGUUUGGGCGCAUGGUGGGUAAUAGCCAGAAGGCGGUGGCCCAGGCCAUGGUUCUGGAGAUGUUCCGAGAGGAGGACUACUACAACGAUGAUGUUCUAGACCAGAUGGGUGCCAGUAUCCUGGGCCUGGAGGGCCCCCGGCGCCACCCAGAUGAGCCCCCUGAGGAUGAAGUCUUCGAGCUCUUCCCCAUAUUCAUGGGGGGACUUCUCUCUGCCCACAACCGAGCUGUGCUAGCUCAACUUGGCUGCCCUAUCAAAAACCUGGAUGCCCUGGAGAAUGCCCAGGCCAUCAAGAAGAAGCUGGGCAAGCUGGGCCGGAAGGUGCUGCCCCCCUCGGAGCUCCUUGACCACCUCUUCUUCCACUACGAGUUCCAGAACCAGCGCUUCUCCGCUGAGGUGCUCAGCUCCCUGCGCCAGCUCAACCUGGCAGGUGUGCGCAUGACACCUGUCAAGUGCACAGUGGUGGCAGCUGUGCUGGGCAGCGGAAGGCAUGCCCUGGAUGAGGUGAACUUGGCCUCUUGCCAGCUAGACCCUGCUGGGCUACGCACACUCAUGCCUGUCUUCCUGCGAACCCGGAAGCUGGGCUUGCAACUCAACAGCCUGGGCCCCAAGGCCUGCAAGGACCUCCGAAACCUGCUGCUGCAUGACCAGUGCCAAAUCACCACACUGCGGCUGUCCAACAACCCGCUGACAGCGGCAGGUGUUGCCCUGUUGAUGGAGGGGCUGGCAGGAAACACCUCAGUGACGCACCUGUCUCUGCUGCACACGGGACUUGGGGACGAGGGCCUGGAGUUGCUGGCUGCUCAGCUGGACCGCAACCGGCAGCUGCAGGAGCUGAACGUGGCCUACAACGGCGCUGGUGACACUGCAGCCCUGGCCCUGGCGCGAGCUGCCCGGGAGCACCCUUCUCUGGAACUGCUGCACCUCUACUUCAAUGAGCUGAGCUCGGAGGGCCGCCAGGUCUUGCGGGACUUAGGGGGUGCUGCUGAAGGCGGUGCCCGGGUGGUGGUGUCACUGACAGAGGGGACGGCAGUGUCAGAAUACUGGUCAGUGAUCCUCAGUGAAGUCCAGCGGAACCUCAACAGCUGGGAUCGGGCCCGGGUCCAGCGCCAUCUUGAGCUCCUACUGCGGGAUCUGGAAGAUAGCCGGAGUGCCACCCUUAAUCCUUGGCGCAAGGCCCAGCUGCUGCGAGUGGAGGGUGAGGUCAGGACCCUCCUGGAGCGACUGGGAGGCUCUGGAAGCUGAGACACUGGUGGCAGGCACCUAGCUUUGUGACCACUGGCACUAAACCUCUUCCCUCUCUGGGCUCCUGGCUUGCACUGCUCCUUCUAGAAAGAUCUCUUCAGGUCUGGCGGCAAAGGAAUGGGCACAGUUGUGCCGGUUACCCUCCUGGGGCAUGUUCAACCAGUUCUGAGUCUGGAAUCGCCAAGUUAAAGAAGAUAAAUCAAUGCUUUGGGCUUGGAAAUGGAACAUGCCUCCUCUUUCUUUGGCUAGAAGGACCGAAGUAUGUAGAAUGUGGAUGACCAGAGUGCCCUGAUGCACCAACCUCGCCUCCCCCUCCUCUCACCGAUUGUACCAGCAAGGGGCUCACAUCUUAUGUCUGCCAUGCUGGGGAUGUCACCAUCCAGAUGUGUUGGAGGCUGGCUUCCCCUCCUUUUUUUUUUUUUUGAGACAGAGUUUUGCUCUUGUUGCCCAGACUGGAGUGCAAUGGUGCGAUCUCCACCAGCUGCAAUCUCCGCCUCCCGGAUUCAAGCAAUUCUCCUGCCUCAGCCUCCUAAGUAGCUGGGAUUAUAGACAUGUGCCCCCAUGCCCAGCUAGUUUUGUAUUUUUAGUAGAGACAGGGCUUCUCCAUGUUGGUCAGGCUGGUCUUGAACUCCUGACCUCAGGUGAUCCACCCGCCUUGACCUCCCAAAGUGCCGGGAUUACAGGCGUGAGCCACCAUGCUCUGCUCACCUGUGAACACCGAGGAUGCCCUCACAUUGGUGCUUUCUCCUCAUCCUCAUGCCCCCUUUGCCACAAUGGUACCGAUGGCUUGGUGGCCCCUCAAGGUAGAUGCAUCUGACUUGCUGCUAUUAAAAAGCUGUGUGCCUUCCA